UCUUUGAAAAUCUAAGAAGAGCGAAGUGUAACAGCAAGUAUCUAGUUUUAAUCUGAAUAUCGAUGAAAUUAUAUUGUUAUUUAUAAGGAAGAUUAUACAUUAUCGUUUUGUCGCAGCACAAGCAUUCACGUUGAAUCGAAAGUGUCUCAAAAUAGCAUAUGCUAAAAUAGCCGCGCCCAGUUUUCGCUUGUCAGACACGCCAUCAGAAACUAGUAACUUCGAGACAUCGUUCGGGAUUACAAAGUGCGUUCUCCAAUUAGUGAUUCUAAUUAAUUUCAUAUUAUCUCUCGUGAUUUUGCCGAGAAAUUAAUUCGAGAAUUGAUCGUGAGAAAUUAAUAAAGAUUCGACGAGAAAAAUAUAAAAGUGUCUAUUAAUAAAAAAUAUAAAAUGCUCCAGUAUCAUUAUGUCCAACGCAUUUAAUUUUUAAUUGUUGUCACGCAUUAAUAAAGAAAAAUACUUAAAAUAUCAUGUUGAAAAAUGAGCCGGAAAUCAGUGGAUUUUUCCGUUCGAAUUUAUUAGCGGUAAGAAAAGCAAUUCGCCAGCAAGAUUUCAAGAAAUUUUCCGUCCUCGAAUCAGAUGCUGAGAGGGUGGCUUUUGUUUUGAGUUAUCCUGAAGCACAUGAAUUACCGCUAGAGGUAGAGAAGCCUAUGAUCAAGGAUCGUGACAGUGCUAUUCGAUUGAAAGACAUCGGAAACAAAUUUUUUGGCCGCGGUGAAUUCACGAAGGCCUUGGAAACGUAUUCGAAUGCAGCUCUUCUAGCACCAUCAACAGAAUUGAGUAUCAUUUUGGCAAAUCGCUCGGCCACAUUGUACUACCUGGAGCGUCAUGAAUAUGCGUUGGAGGAUAUCGAAGAAGCUUCACUACUCGGUUACUCGAAGGAUCUUAUAUAUAAACUUGAAGAGCGACGAGCUAGGUGUUUAUUGGGUCUGAAAAGGCACGAUGAGGCAAUCGAAGCAUUUAGGCGAGCUCUCCAGGCCUUAGAUGAUGCCAGGAUAUCCUUGAAACGUAGGCAGAAGUUCGAGACGGACAUCAGAAUGAUGCUCGCGGUGAUGGAUAAAGGUAAACGACUCAAUGAAGCCGCUAUAAAGAAUCCUUCGCAAGUUUAUAGCAAGCAAAAGUCCAGCGCGCGUUUGGAGGAUAGACUUAUCCCUACGAAGGAGAGGAAUCCCGUAUAUCCUGCUUGCAGUAGAGCGGUGGAAAUUAAGGAUGAUGGAGGUGACAUAGGUAGACACGCCGUGGCGACCAGGAAGAUAACACCCGGCGAAAUCGUGAUCGUUGAACGACCGCAUUGUGCAUUUCUGCUAGCAGAGACCAGACUCACACAUUGCCACCUAUGCUUCAUGAGGAUAUUUGUGCCAACACCGGCGGCUUGUCGCACCUACAGCUGCGUCGCGUACUGCAGUCGCCGUUGCAGAGAUGCGGAUGCUCAGGUGCAUUCGCAGGAGUGCAAAUUGUUACCGGCCCUGUGGUACUCGAAAGCUUCGGUCACGUGUUUCCUGGCUCUAAGGGCGAUUACACAGAGACCUUUCGAAGAAGUUAUGAGGCUGAAGGAACAGUUUAGGGAUCCUGCGUUAAAGAUUUCCGCGAAGAAUCCAUAUCGAGGAGACGAUUAUAUAAAUACCUUCUACAAUUUAGUUACUCAUGAAGACAGAAGAUUGCCAGAGGAUAUUUUUCACAGGGCCUACAUGGCAACCUGGUUAUUCAGAUUGUUAAGAUCCAGCAAUUAUUUACCGGAAAAUGUGAAAACCGCCGAUUCAGCGGACAAUAGAUUGUCAGACGAGGAAUUGUUUAUCGCAGGAUUGCUAUUACACAAUUUACAAUUAUUGCAAUUCAACUCGCAUGAAAUUUCAGAACUGGUAAGGCUAAAAGGACAGAAGACACUUACUAAAACCAAAAGUGUGUUCAUAGGCGGUGGUGUUUAUCCUACGGUUGCAAUGCUAAAUCACUCGUGCAAUCCUGGCGUAAUUCGGUAUUUCAUCGGCACCACAAUGAUUGUUCGCGCUGUUCGCACAAUCAACGCAGGUGAAGAGAUUUCUGAAAAUUAUGGUCCUAUCUUCACAACUACGCCCGAGAGUGAGCGAAAAAGAAAAUUAAGGGUGCAAUAUUGGUUCGAUUGUAAUUGCGAAGCGUGCUCGGGACAUUGGCCGCUUCUAGAUAAAUUGGAUCCAACAAUACUCAGAUUUAAAUGUGAGACUGGACCGUCUUGUGGUAAUGUAUUAAUGGUCAAAAGCGAUACGAAUGAGUUCAUGAUCGGAUGUGCGAAGUGUGGCAAAAGUAUGAACAUUCUGAAGGGCUUGAAAGCUCUACAGGAUACGGACGCACUUUUCAAAGUCGCAUCGACGAAUCUCGAAGAAGGCCGAAAUGAGCAUGCACUGAAAGCAUAUCUUGAGAUUUUGAAGUUGCUGGACGAGACUCUAGCAUUGCCCAUAAGAGAUUAUCACAUCUGUCAGCAGGGAGUCAGAUUAUGCUCUCUUGCCUUAGGCAAUACAGCUUAUAUCUAGUCUCAUUAUGAAACUAUAAAAAAAAUUUAUACAAAUUUACGUAGAAUCUUUCUGCAAAAUAAAAAGGCGCAAACUUCUUCCGCGUAAUCUUAAAUUAAACAAAUUCGAUUAAUCUUAAGUAACUAUCUUAAUUCUUUCAUCAGAAUACUUACAAAGAUAUCGAAAUUAAAAAUAGAAAACAAUUUUCUUUUAAAAUCUUUCCUUAAAAAAACAAUCAAACUUAUAUCACAAUAAUUUUUUUGUGUACACGCAUCAUAUACACAAAUGCAUAUUUAUACUUAUGUAUUUAACUUUUGUAAUACUCACUUGUCGUUUUUUUAAUUAUUAUUAUUCAUUAUUGAUGUGAAGAAAGAAGAUAGCUGUGCAAAUUUCUUGUUAUGUUCGCAUUACACAGAAAAAAAUCAAUUUGGCUGAAAAUUUCACACAUUUAUUUAUUAUCAUUCACAACUUCUUUGUCUUGUCAAAUUCAAGUACAAAGUCAAGUACAAAGUAAACAAAAAACAAUUUUUGCUCUCUUCCCCGUCCUUUCUUCAAAUAUAAGUAUUAUCUAAUCAAUAUCAAUUUAUUUUUUAUGUUGGAAAUAUAAUGUGGUAGAAAAUAUCUAAUCAAAUAUCCAUUAAUAACUAUUAAUUAAUGAUAGUAACAUUAAGGAACACACAAUUUUGCAACACGAGUAUAAUCAUUUCCAACGUAUUUUUACAUGCUGAAUCCGUUGGCAAAAAUUGGCUAUCAAGUUGAGAUUUGAGAUUUUGCGUUGCUUGCACUUUUUGCAUUCAGCAUCUUUCUUUCUUUUUUUACAACAUUAGUCUUUACCAACUCUUAUAUAUUAGAGAUUUCAAGCAAUUUCAAACAACACAAAGAAAUCUUUGGUGAUAAAACUUUUGCUAAUAAACUUAUGUUCAGCAGAUAAAAGAUGACUAUUCACACUCGUGUAGCAAAGAAAGAUUAAAUUUUGUUCCACAAUAUAUUCAUCAAAUGACUUUUAAUUAGAUUUUUUGUAAUAUUUUAUUAUUUUUGUUUUUAAGUAGCAUAUCUUGAUAAUGUUAAUUAAACAUGUAGGCAUACAAUUAUUCACCUAGUCAUAUAAUGUGCUAAUAUACUGUGCAUAAUAUAUUAUGUAUGUGUGUAUACGCGUACAUAUAGUCGUGAAACUUGGAAACUGUAGCUUACAAACUAAAUAUGUGAUUUACGAAAUUGAUCGAAUGUCUACUUUUCGUCGCAUUUUUAUAAUUGUUCAUAAUUUCAAAUGCGAACGUGUAGUAUGUAUGUGUGAUUAACAAUCCAUUUUUAUUAUGUACAUACAAAAAUUUCUCAUUUUAUAUUUUUUUUCUUUCUGUCUUCUCUCCAGCAUAUAAAGUCGAUCCGCUUUUUCUCUCUCUUUCUCUUUCUAUCUACUUCUCUUUCUCUCUUGAACUUUUAGCAUCUAACUGCAAUUAGAUAAAGAAUACAAAGCUUAGAUAAAAAGUGUAUCGUGGUGUAAACACAUUUUUCUCUUUUUUUGUCGCUAUCGCAAAAGAGGAGUCUCUUUCGCGAUGAAUUCUUAUGGCGCGCGAACGCGGAAUUCUUGUCGUGUCAUAAUGGAGAGGAUUUUUUUAAAUCUGUCUUUAUUAUACCAAAUGUGUGAAGUGUCUUCGUUGUCUUUAUUUUUUUUUAAUUUUUAAUAAAAAUUUUGCUUUUUUUUUUCUUUUAA